CCCCCUCACGUUGAGUUUAUCCGCCGCUGCCGCCGCCGGUCCGCAAUCAUGGUUCACAAAGUCCUCUUCUGGGGCGGUUUCGGAAUCGCCGUCCGCCUCUGGCAACUCGGCAUCGAAAUGCGACCCAUCCUCGCCAAAGAAUCCCUCUGGGUGUAUCCUCUCUUCGCCGGCGUUGGAGGAAGCUUCGGCUACUGGCUCCAGGGAGUCGAGAACCGGCAAUUGAAGAUCCUUGCACAGCGGAGGGAAGCUAUUCUGGAGAAACGCAGACGGAGGGAUGAGCGGAACGGUGCUGACGAGGGAGGGGUUCUGGCUGCUGCUGCUGCUGCUACGGCAUGAAGAGGCGACGUCGUGUAUAUUGUGUCUUGUUUUCUUAUGGGGCUUGUUGCUUGCUGGCUGGCUGGGCUCUUGCGGGUU